GCCGCCGCCGCCGCCGCCGCCGCCGCCCGGCCGGGCUCCAGGGGCCGCUAACGGUCCCGCGCCCCCCGGCGUCCGCGCGCCCCCGCCCGGCCGACCAGGCGGCGCCGGCGGGUGCCGGGCGCGAUGGGGGCGGCGGAGCCGCUGCGCUCGGUGCUGUGGGUGAAGCGGCAGCGCUGCGCCGUGAGCCUGGACCCCGCGCGGGCGCUGCUGCGCUGGUGGCGGAGCCCGGGGCCUGGAGCCGACACCCCCGGCGCCGAUACCUGCUCUGUGCCCAUUUCUGAGAUUAUCACAGUUGAGGAAACAGAUGUUAACAGGAAACACUACACGAGCGGAAAAUGGCAGAAAAUGGAAAAGCCUUGCGCUUUCACAGUGCACUGCGUGAAGAGAGCCCGCCGGCACCGCUGGAAGUGGGCGCAGGUGACUUUCUGGUGCGCCGACGUGCCGCUGUGCCACCUGUGGCUGCAGACCCUCCGGGAGCUGCUUGAGAAGCUGACCUCUAGACCGAAGCACUUACUGGUGUUCAUCAAUCCGUUCGGAGGGAAGGGACACGGCAAGCGGAUAUAUGAGAGAAAGGUGGCGCCGUUGUUCACGCUGGCCUCCGUCACCACGGAAGUGAUCGUUACUGAACGUGCUAAUCAUGCCAAGGACAUCAUGUAUGAGAUCAACACAGACAAGUAUGAUGGGGUUGUGUGUGUCGGUGGGGACGGCAUGUUCAGCGAGGUCCUGCACGGCCUGAUUGGCAGGACACAGAGGCUCGCCGGCGUGGACCCCAGCCAGCCCCGGGCGGCUCUGGUGGCCAGCCCGCUGAGGAUCGGCAUCAUUCCUGCGGGGUCAACAGACUGUGUGUGUUUUUCAACGGUUGGCACAAAUGAUGCGGAAACCUCAGCUUUGCACAUUAUCGUGGGGGACUCGCUGCCCAUGGACGUGUCCUCGGUCCACCACGACGGCGCGCUGCUGCGGUACUCGGUGUCCCUGCUGGGCUAUGGUUUCUACGGAGACAUCAUCAAGGACAGUGAGAGCAAGCGCUGGAUGGGCCUCAUCCGGUACGACUUCUCAGGUCUGAAGACCUUUCUCUCGCAUCACUGCUAUGAAGGGACGGUGUCCUUCCUGCCAGCACAGCACACGGUGGGGUCUCCGAGGGACAGGAAACCCUGCCGGGCAGGGUGCUUUGUCUGCAGGCAGAGCAGGCAACAGCUGGAGGAAGAGCAGAAGAAGUCGUUGUACGGCUUGGAGAGCGCAGAGGAGCUGGAAGAGUGGCAGGUCAUCUGCGGGAAGUUCCUGGCCAUCAACGCCACAAACAUGUCCUGUGCUUGUCCCCGGAGCCCCAGGGGCCUCUCCCCGGCCGCCCACUUGGGAGACGGGUCUUCCGAUCUCAUCCUCAUCCGGAAAUGCUCCAGGUUCAACUUCCUGAGGUUUCUCAUCAGGCACACUAACCAGUGUGACCAGUUCGACUUCACUUUUGUUGAAGUUUAUCGAGUGAAAAAAUUCCAGUUUAUGGCAAAGCAUGUGGAAGAAGAGGACACUGACCUGAAGGACAGGGGGAAAGCACGGUUUGGGCACAUCUGCAGUGACCACCCCUCGUGCUGCUGUGCUGCCUCCAGCAGUUCCUGGAACUGUGACGGAGAGCUUCUGAACAGUUCCACCAUCGAGGUCAGGGUCCACUGCCAGCUGGUCCGUCUGUUUGCCCGAGGAAUUGAAGAGACUCCUAAGCACGAAUCCCACAGCUGAGAUGCCAUCGCUCAUCGCCUCCCUUUUUUGCUGUGCUUGGGAAAUGUGAAAAUUACUUAAGAAAAUUAUUACAAACCAAUUAUGUGGAUAUAUAGUUACACUUAGAAAUUUAUUUUUGAUAGUUAAACUUGAUUUUAGAGAAAAGUACCUUUUGUCAACAAUUUUGUGAACACAUUUGGCAUGUUUAGUUCUAUGUGAACCUUUGGGUUGCAUUUCAUGAAACUUAUUCUCAGCAAAUGGUGCAUCAAUUUGGGGGCGCUGGUUAGGGCUUAACAGUGCUGACAGUGCAGACCUUAGAAUGGCCCAUUAGUAGCUCUGCUGCAGGAAAGGACGGUCCAAUCUGAGUGCUUUCAAGGGAGGUCACGCCACCCGGACGCAGGUCUGCCAGGUCACUCUGAUCGCCUUGCAAGACACUCUAGUUGUCGCAGUCGAGUUUUAGAAAGUAGUUGAUGCUCUCUGGCUUCAUUCACCUUUGCCGUAAUUUAGAUAAGGACGUUACCCUGGAUCCUUCCUGUCCCCAACAGCCCCGGCGCGGGGCCAUCCUGCUUAAGGAGCAACUGGAGAGGCCGUUUUCGUGGGAGGCACAGAGGUGCUUUCCCUGUGCGGUCUCGGCUCCUGCUGGCAUCUCAGGCAGCCGGUGGCAGGAGCCAGGCGUGAGCUCUGGAGACAGGCGGCUGUGAAACCCUAGCAGUGACUCACUGUUAAGCUGCGAAUACGGAUGCUUUGUACGGGCCCCGCGGACAGCGGGCUUUGCAGCGGGAGGGAGAGGUGCUGCCACCCAGGUAAACGUGCCCUCCAUGACUGCUGUGCUAACUUCAGACCCGAGUGCCCUGCGCUGGGCAGAGGGGGCCUGUUCCAGCCCCACGCCCUGAGUCUAUACACACAUGGUCCAGAUUAGUUCUUAUCUUCAUGCUUAUUUCUAUGGAUUUAUUGAAAGUCUUGUCGUUUUAAACCAGGAUGGUCUCCAUGGAUAGUGUUUCAGUCUGUUUUCCGCUAACGCGCUGGAGCCAGAGCAGCCAGGGACUUCCCCAAGGCGCUCACUCCCGCCCCAGGGACGCCGGGUCUGCUGAGGCCCAGCUCCGUUUGCACCCGUGUGCAGGUGUGCAGGAGGCGCACCGGUAACAGCUUUGCUUGACAUACGAGACAGUGCAGCUUAUGUCUGACUCUGGAACACAGCUCGACUGUCGUGAGGCAGUUUCACGUGCUGGCAUGUGCUGUAGGGGUGCUUUUUACUCUAUGGAGCUUCUAUCAGUCAUUUUCACAUUUAACAGAUACCACAUAUUUUUUAGAAUUCACUUGCCGCAUUUAUAUUUUGAAGUAUAAAUGAAAUUUCCUACUUCAUCAUUCAUUCCCGUCCAGGCCAGACAGAAGGGCAGCUUUAACAGUGUUUUUUUUUUUUUAGACCACAUUAUUAAGGAGUUGUGUGAGCCAUUUGGCUUUAUCAUUGGUGGGUGGGUGAAAAGUCUGGGUAUAAAGAAGUAAGUACAUGCCACAUGUCCCUGUUCUUAAUGUUUGCUCCUGGUUGGGAAGAAACCAAAGACACAGGCCUGGCAGCCUGGUGCGGGGCGGGGGCCUGGCAGAGCAGAAGCGCUCCAGGCCUCACCGGCAGGACCCCGCCACGGGCCACCAGCCCUGAGGCCGCGCUGUGGACUCUGCCACAUCACAAGGUCCCCCAAAGUCUUCAGUCUGUCAUCCUGGUGAAUGUUUCCAACACACGGUCCCCCUGCCAAUUUUAGAAGAACAACCCAGGCCAGAGACUAAGCAUUUUAUAUUCACCGAGAAACCCAGCCACACCAAGCGCUUCCCAGAUGGCUCUGGAGAUUCCCACCAACUGCACGCUGACAUCCGACACUCCAGACCUUGCAGCUGGCCUGGGGGUGCUGUGACUGGAACCGCUGGGGCCCCCGAGAGCUCCUUCCCCGCCUGGGCACAGGAUGGAAGCACCUUCUCGCCCACUCACACGUGGAGGGCCUGGUCCCUGUGAGGACUCCAGGUGGGGCAGCCCCAACCCCUGUCCUUGGGGUCAUAAGGAAAGGCAAUCAGGCCUGCUGGCUGGUGAGAACGCAGGGCCUUUGGAAGGGUCCGUCCGUGUUCUGACCUCUGUCGUGGCUCAUUGGUGCAAACAAGCAGCGCAGCAGCUGUGCUCUGCCCCCACUCCCGCUGACUCUGAUGGCAAGGGCCCUGGAGGGGCACCGGCCUCGGCGGGCACGCUCCCCUCUGCUCCCUUCCACAGUCUUGUAUCACGGGGAAGUAUGGAUGGAAGGGUGGUAUAAUUUCUUUCUAAUCUUGCUGGUUUCAAGAUUAGAAAAUGGCAUAUUUGCUCUGAUACAUUUGAGAACACAAAAAUAAAAGUUACUUUGGGCAGAA